CCACCACGCUAAGCGCCAAAACCCCAACCCUACUCCUCGCUUCAGCUUCUGGGCGGGCAGCGUGUUAGGAGGGAGAAGAUGGUUUUGUAUUGGCAGUAACAGAGGGACUCUACCGGUGGUGCUAUUUACGAGGCGAGGAUGAUGAGGGGUAUGAAUGCAGGCGUGGGGAGAUCAUGGUCGUUGGCUCCGACAGUUCCAGAAGCCGACGGAGUUAAAUCGGACGGUUAAAAGAAGGUGUUUUUUCCGCCGGAACCGGAAGCCACUGGUUGAGUCGGUGACUCGGUGCAGUGUCAGCCGUUAGUCCGUUACGUACGGGCACUUUUCAGCCCAGAAGAAAAAACCCAUCCGGAAAAACCGUCUUUAAUUGGGACUUGGGAGCCCAAAGUGGCCUUAGCGUUUCUGAGAAAGCCUUCUUCUAGUUGGGCCUCUUGUGUCUUGCUAUCAUAGCCCAAGCCCAACAAUAAGAAAAUGGAAGAAAAAAUUGAGUCCUAGACUCUUUGUUUUGAUUUAGAGUCCUCGACUCUUAUAGUGAUUGAUUCAGUGAAGAAUUAAUGUUGAAAUGUAUGAAAAUAAUAAUUACAAACUCAACGGUUGAAUAUAAUGUUAGGUGUGGAUUGGCUUGAUAUGAUCAAGGGAAUUCCUCAAAAGAUUUUGGCUUUUGAAAAAUUCCUUGAGGAAAAUCCAAAUUGGCGAAGUAAAGUGGUUCUCCUGCAGAUUGCUAUUCCCUCGAGGACAAAUGUUCCUGAGUGUAUGUUCCUUCCUUCUGUGUUGCACUCUGAUGCUUAUGAUUGUUGUGCAAAAGUCACAAAUAUAAAUCAAAAGUUUACAAGCCAGGUUCAUGAGAUUGUUGGGUGCAUAAAUGGAAAAUAUGGGACUAUCACUGCUGUUCCAAUACAUCAUCUGUUUGCUGGUGCUGCGCAGUCCCUUGGUUCUGGAGCUAUCUUGGUAAAUCCCUGGAAUAUCACUGAAGUUGCUUCUUCAAUUGGCAAGGCUUUGGAAAUGUCAGCAGAUGAAAGAGAACAGCGGUACCAUCAUAACUACAUGCAUGUGACAACACACUCAGCUCAAGAAUGGGCUGCAACCUUUAUAAGUGAACUUAAUGAUACUAUUGUUGAAGCUAACCUAAGGAUCACUCAUGUUCCACCAGCACUCCCUAUUAAAACUGCAGUUGAUUGUUAUUUCAAAUCCAAGAACCGAGUGCUGAUACUGGGAUUCAAUACAACUUUAACUGAACCAGUAGAUGGCAUUGUGAGGACUGACAGUCAGAUUAAAGAAAUGGAGCUCAAAUUGCAUCCGGCUUUGAGAGAACCCUUGAAGACGCUUUGUGAUGAUCCAAAGACAACAAUUAUUGUCCUAAGUGGGAGCGGUAGAAAUAACUUCAAUGACUACAAGUUGUGGUUGGCAGCAGAGAAUGGCAUGUUUUUACGUAGUUCAUUGGGAGAGUGGAAGAACACAAUGCCUGAAAAUUUGAAUCAUGUAUUCAAAUAUUUUACUGAAAGAACACCUCGGUCUCAUUUUGAGUUCAAUGAAACUACUCUUAAUUGGAACUAUAAGUAUGCAGAUCAUGUAUUUGGAAGACUUCAGGCGAGAGAUCUGUUGCAGCAUCUGUGGACUGGUCCAAUCUCUAAUGCACCUGUUGAAGUCGUCCUAGGUAGCCAAUCUGUUGAGGUUCGACCUGUAGGGUUUUCGAAGGGCGCGGUAAUUGAUCGUAUCCUAGGUGACAUAAUUCAUGGAAAAUGCAUGAAGGAGUCAGUUGAUUAUCUCCUGUGUAUUGGGCACUUUCUAGUGAAGGAUGAGGACAUUUACACUUUUUUUGAGUCGGGGCUUUCCGCAGAAGCACCAAUGCCUGACAAGACAUCUGCUUCAAAGUCACCACAGAAGGAAGGUGUGGAGGGGGGCAUGCCAGUAUCGCUUGAACUGUUUGAAGUUGAGACUGCCAAUUACUUCUCUUGUGCUGUUGCACGGAUGUUGCUUCCUGGUAUUUACCGGAAAUAUUGGUAAUUUACCUUUUGGGAAUUAGUGAGUGAUUGCCCUCCUAAUUUGGAGGCAUGUCUUUGGAACGGAAUCCCUUUUGUUCUGUAUAAUACAGAAGAAUCUAUUCU